CUCUAUUCUGUUGCUGGGAGAGGAAAAGGGAUCUUUCUUUCAAAAGAAAUGAAUGCCACUCGAAACACGGAGAGGUUGGGAUGCACCAAUGCUCUCUGGCACAGCACCAUCUGUGCACAAGAUCGAAACAGAACUUCAUUUAAUAUGACUCACGGAAAUCUCCAGCUCCCUACCUUUUCUCCCGCUGCCAAAGCACGUGUGAUCAUCACAUUCGUUAUUUUUAUUUUGUCUGCCUUCUGCAAUCUAGCUGCUCUCUGGGCAGCGGCCCGUACAAGUCGGAAGAAAAGGUCUCACGUGCGAAUUCUAAUCCUAAACCUUACGGCAGCAGAUCUCCUUGUGACCUUCAUUGUGAUGCCGUUGGAUGCUAUCUGGAAUAUUACCGUGCAAUGGCAAGCCGGAGAUAUAGCCUGUAGAAUCCUCAUGUUUCUGAAGCUUCUAUCAAUGUACUCCUGCGCGUUUGUCACCGUUGUUAUCAGUGUGGAUCGCCAGUCUGCCAUCCUAAACCCACUUGCCAUCAAUGAUGCCAAGAAGAAGAACAAGAUAAUGCUAUUAGCGGCAUGGCUGAUGAGUGCUCUGCUAUCAGUACCACAGCUGUUUCUAUUCCACACGGUCACCAUUACUGAACCACAACAUUUCACUCAAUGUACUACCAGGGGGAACUUCCGAGAACAUUGGCAAGAAACGGUGUACAAUAUGGUGAGCUUCGUCUGUCUGUUCCUUCUCCCACUGCUGAUCAUGAUCUCCUGUUAUUCAAGGAUCCUGCUUGAAAUCUCUAGACGGAUGAGCAAAGGAACAAUUUCCUCAAAGGAAGUUUACUUACGUCGCUCCAAGAACAACAUCCCAAAAGCAAGAAUGAGGACACUGAAGAUGAGCAUCGUAAUUGUAAGCUCAUUUAUCAUAUGUUGGACACCUUACUAUCUACUGGGCUUAUGGUACUGGUUCUAUCCUGAAAUAAUGGAAGAGAAAGUUUCGCAGUCUUUAACCCACAUUCUUUUCAUCUUCGGCUUAGUCAAUGCUUGCUUGGAUCCCAUUACUUAUGGACUUUUUACCAUACAUUUUCGUAAAGGCCUUCAGCGAUACUGUAAAGGAGGGAGGACGCCAGACCCUGACACUAGUUCAACAGUGACUGGCUCCUUCCGCUGUUCAAUAUCCUCAUUUCGUGCUAAGAAAAUGAUGGUUUUGAAUCAAGAACUGCAAGGAAUACAGGCUUACAAUGGAUUGUCGUUUAACUCAGAAAUUAGGACAAAUGGCCUAAACAGCAGCUGUCUGUGAGCCUAUGAAAGGAGAGCAGGAAACUAUAGAAUUCUUCUAUAGACUGCAGACAUUCUAAAUCUUAACAUAAAGAUUGUACAGUAC